CUGCAAAGUAAAUGAAGGAAACGACCAAGCCAGACACCAGAACAUGGACAUGAUCAGUGACGAGUUACUGGCCACAUUUAUGGGAACCAACCUAGUGGUGAUAUUAACUGUUUUGGGCUUUGCGGGGAUCGUGUUCAACAUCAUCAACAUCACCGUGUUCGUCAGCCUCGGCUUCUCGGACACCACCAACAUCUCACUGCUUGGCCUGGCCACAGCAGACAUAGGGGUUCUGUUACCGGUGAUCGGCUACAGCGUCCUCUACAACCCGCUGACGCUGCAGGUCACUCCCUUUGAAACCAUCGACGCCGUCAACUACGUCGUCCUGGGAUCCACCCACGUCUUGUUUUGUAGAAUAGCCGGGUGUUUAACGGCUUUCAUAACGUUCGAGAGGUUCAUGUGUGUAGCGUUCCCGCUUCAUGUCAAAGCCAUAGUCACGCAUAAAAGGACGAUUUUGGUAGUAGUCGGCAUCUAUGCCACCCUCGUGGCCAGCACGCUGCCCCAGUAUUUAGCCAACCAGAUAGCCCCGAGGUUUAACGCGCAGUUUAACAUCACAGUGAUCGGGAUAGUGUUAUCCCCGAGCGCUGACCAGCUGGAGAAUUUCACGCUGACCGUGGACAUCGUCGCCCAAGUUGCAUCAUUCGUCAUCGUCGUGGCGUCCACCCUUGGUCUGGUGAGGUCGCUCGUCAGUGUGGCGAAAUGGAGGAGUUCCACGUCAUCGUCUGCCCUAUCUCUUAAAGUCUCCGGUCGUGACAAGCAACUGGUCAAGAUGGUCCUCCUCAUAUCGGUCGUCUUCAUCGCCUGCUCGCUGCCCACCGUUGUCGGCAACUUGGUGAUGGUAUUCGUCAAAGACUUCAACGUCAAGGGAAGUAACAAGAACUUAUUUAUUUUUGUCUGCGUCAUAUUCUUCAUCUUGGACGCUAUCAACUCUAUCAUUAACAUCUUCAUCUACUUGAGAAUGAGUUCAAAGUUCAGGGAAAAGUUCUGGUCAGUUUUUCAGUGCAGGUCCAAGGAUAAGAGAAUAUGUCGUUUAAAGUAGAUUGAAGUGUGUUUCAAAGUCAAUCCAUCAAAUAGAUACUUUUAAAAUAGGAACACUUGUGCAAGGCUUUUAAUAUGUUACUAUAGAACUAAAGACUACAUUUGAGAUUGAGUUGGACAUUUUAAAAAAAAAGUCGUGUGACAUUUAGACUAUGCUAAAUAAAUACAUUUCUUUGAUUGCCCUCAACUUCAUGAUUUCUCGUGUUCUUAAAUGGAUUUUGUCACUUUUAAAAUAGUACAGUAAAGGAUAGAUUGAUAACCGAUGAGUUUGGUAUAGGAGAAUUUGGUUACCGUCAAUAAUGGUAUAGCGAUUUGCGUGGUAUAUUUUAAAAAAAAAAUCAAGCUAUAAACCUAGAAUUGUGACGGUUGAAAUAAAGGGAUGUCUUGAAUCUCGGUAAAUCUAGCUGUUAACUGCAAGAGAAUUGGG